GUCCGCCUCAUAACGCGUCGCGAGCGCCGUAAGCGGCUCCAUGUUUGAGCUCCACUGCUGCUGGAGUCAUGAGAGGCUCUGUGGACCUUCCUCCUGUCUCACUGUCUCAUCGCAAACUCUUGUGCACCCUCUGGUGCUUGCUAGACUCCAGAACUUCUUUGUGUUGCCUGCUUAGCAGAUUGUCUUCCUUGUCUCUGAGGCUGCUCAUUAUUCAGAGACAGCCGGAGCUCAGGUCAUCUGCAGCUGCUGCACUGAAGAAGAAGAAGAGGAAGAGGAAGGAGAAGCAGGAGGAGGAGGAGAAGCGAGAGGGAAGAUGGCGAACAUCCUGCAGCUCUAGACCGGGAACAAGUUCGCAGAAGAUCCAGGAUCCAGCCGUUUCCCUAAUUUUCCAGGGAGUCCUAAGCGAUGGAAGUGCUGCAGUGUGAUGGCUGUGAUUUCCGUGCAGAGUCGAAUGAUGAGCUCAAGGUGCACAUAGAAGAAGUCCACACAGCCUUCCUGCAGCCCGCAGAAGUGGGAGAAGGUGAAGGGUCACCCAGAAGAUCCAGGUCUAACUCGUUAAACUCGCUCAGCCAAACAGAGGAUGAGGAAGACUUGAGCAAUCACAAUUACGACUCUUUGAAAAAGGAAGCAGGUAUUAAAUCAUUUAACAAAGACCUUGGGCACAUCUCCGAUUCAAAGAAAAUGAAACACAACCAGUCAGCAAAACCUUCAAACAAAACGUCAACUCCAUAUUUCCAGUGCAAGUUCUGUGUGCGGUACUUCAGAUCCAGCUCUCUUCUCAGUGAACACACCAAGAAGGUCCAUGGAGAAGCAAGCGAUGAGAGAUCGCUCAAAACUUCCAAGAAAACCAGCUGCAGUGCUAUGACUUACGAUGGUGUAGGAAUGGUCUUUUCCUGCCAGUAUUGCACUUAUAAAUCCCCACACAGAGCACGGAUUCUGAAACACCAAAAAAUGCAUCAUAAAGAAGAUCUACCAGGCCACUCGGCUCCUCCUGUUGGAGCAGAGGUUUUGGAUUUGGACUCUGAUGCCUCCUCCGUCGAAGAACAAUGUGAAGAGUCGCCAGGGGAUGUAGAACGUAAUGUGCUGGAAUCUAUGAUCAAGCCCCAGUCAAGAGGAGGCUUUAACUGUGAGUGGUGUGGGUUUCAGACUUCGCAAAGGCAGCAGUUAGCCGAUCACAUGAUGAAGAAACACCGUAACAUGGUGAAGAUCAUGGUAUCCUUGCAACAGCCCAAAACGCAUGACGGAAGUGUGGGAUCCAGCAAGUCUGAUUCUGCUUCAUCCAGGAGAAGCACUCCAACCUCCAAUCUGAACCUAAACAAUCUAGCGUGCAAUGAAGGUUCCUCCGCAAAUGCCUCAUCAAUCAAAGGAUCCUCUGGCAAUACAUCACUCAAGGCCACUUCAGGGAUAUCAAGUUUUCAGUACUCACAGCUCACAGCAAAAAUACCCAACACCACAGGAUCUUCCAUACUGUCAGAGAGAUCGACUUUCACCAUGUCAGAUAUGUCUAGGUCUGGCAUGGAUCUAGAUGCCAGCAUGUUGAAUGAUUCCAAAAGCAGUUCAGAUGAUGAACUCUGUGACUUGGAUGAUCCCAAUUACACAGAGUCAGCUGAGGAUUCUACUAAGCUGCUUCUGUCAGAAGAGGAUAAUGACCUGCUAGAAACUAAAGGAGUUCCAUUCAAAAGACACAUGAACAGGUUCCAGUGCCCUUUCUGCUCCUUCUUGACCAUGCACCGACGUAGUAUUUCUCGUCACAUAGAGAACAUACACUUAUCUGGCAAAGCUACAGUGUAUAAAUGUGACAAGUGCCCCUUUCUUUGCACCAACCCACUAAAACUUGACACGCACAAACAAUGUCACAGUGGGUCUUCUGAAUGGGACACUAUGGACUUAACCAGUGAAAGUGUAGAUGGUCCGUCUGAACACUCUGUGCCAGUAAACGGAGGAAAUGGCAGCUCUAAAAUCAAUGGGAAAAAAUCCAGUGCAGUCGAGGAACAGCAGGGUCCUCAUCGGUGCUCACUGUGUAACUUUUCCACCAUCACACUAAAAGGUCUUCGUGUCCACCAGCAACACAAACACUCAUACUGUGAUGGAACACAAGUCACUGGUCAAGAGGGCUCGUCCAAUGAGCAGCAAGAUUCUGAGUCCGAGUCCUACAGCUCCUUGAGCUUCGUUCAGAAAACUCAGACCUCAAUCCUUGGAUUUUCAACCAAGAAGCAUCUUAUUGGGAAGACAGCAAGAAAGUCCAUCAAUGAUUUACCCUUGGAUCUCUCUCCUGUCAAAAAACGAACAAGGAUUGAUGAAAUUGCCAACAAUCUCCAGAGCAAGAUUAGUCAAAGCCAGCAGCACGAAGAUGUGAUUAACCUUGAGGAGAUGGAUGAUGACGUGGAGGAGAAUGGAAAUCACAUCGAUUUAGAAACAAGCAAAGAGAGAGAAUCCUCUGAUACUCGAAGUCAGCACUACACCUUCAACACUCAGCACCUUCCUGUUAGAAAUUCUGGAAGUGUUCAGACAGAGCGUGGUGUUGGGAAAAGAAAACGCAAUCUGCAGUCCAAACUUGGCUCAAGAAACAUUCCUGUUCAAGUCACCAUUUCUGAUGAUGAAGACAAUUACAGUGCCUCUUUAGAAUCUAAAGAUGUCCAAGAUCAAAGCAGCCAAGAUAGCAGAGAGACAUAUCAAGACAACACUGAAUACAAUACUGAAGAACCUGGAAACCUGUUCUACUGUAAACAUUGUGAGUACCAAAACAAGUCUGCUCGCAGUGUCAGCACACACUACCAGAGGAUGCACCCUUAUAUCAAGUUUAGCUUCAGAUACAUCUUGGACCCAGAGGAUCAGAGUGCAGUCUUCCGUUGUCUCGAGUGUUUCAUCGAAUAUAACAACUUUAAUGAUCUGCACCAGCACUAUAUGACACACCAUCCAGAAGCAAGUAAUGUUUUGAACUUUAAUCAGCCAGAUCUGGUGUAUAUGUGCCGUUUCUGUUCCUACACAAGUCCAAAUGUGCGGAGCCUGAUGCCCCAUUAUCAAAGAAUGCACCCUUCUGUGAAGAUCAACAAUGCCAUGAUCUUCUCCAGCUAUAUGGUCGAUCAGCCUCAUAAGGGUGCUGCUGAAUCCCAAACACUAAGAGAAAUCUUGAAUUCUGGGCCCAAGAGUUUCAGCCCCACCUCAUCUGGGUCCAGAUCAUCGUCCAGUCCUGCUCUCAAAAGCAUUUGCAAAACGCCAGAAGCAAACACUGAGGCUGAAGGUCUUCGAGAAAGUUUGGGUGGUAAUGUGGUGGUUUACGACUGUGAUGUCUGUUCUUUCUCUAGUCCCAACAUGCACUCAGUACUGGUCCACUAUCAGAAAAAACACCCCGAGCAAAAGGCCUCCUACUUCCGCAUACAGAAGACUAUGCGGGUCAUAUCUGUUGACCGGGCACAGUUGUCAAAUAAUUCAAAAUACAGCCUGACGAGCACCCCCAAGUCUUCAAAUGUAAGUUUGCCUGUGGCUCUGGAUGAAGAUGUUUACUACUGCAAACACUGUGUCUACAACAACCGCUCUGUAGUGGGUGUUCUGGUCCACUAUCAAAAGCGACAUCCGGAGAUUAAGGUGACGGCAAAGUACAUAAAGCAGGCACCCCCAACUCCAGGACUGCUGAAACUCAUGGAUGAGUUACAGAUCGCACCUCCUAAACAAUUUCUGAAGCAAUUGAACAAUAAUGGAAUUGAAGGGUCAGGUAAUUCCAGCACUAAAGGAGCAUCUGACAAAGGGGAACCUGAAAUGCUGUUCUUCUGCCAACACUGCGACUACGGGAACCGGACUGUGAAGGGGGUUUUGAUUCACUACCAGAAGAAGCACAGGGAAGUGAAAGCCAAUGCUGACCUCGUCCGUAGACACACAGCUGUGGUCAGGAGUCAGAGAGAACGAGCGCAGAUGAUCCAAGCGGGAAGUUCUACGUCCACUGCAACUGUAGCUACUGAAGCAGAAAAAUCCAGGGCGUUGCGAUCUUUGAAGUGUAGACACUGUGUGUACACAUCUCCUUAUGUGUAUGCCUUGAAGAAGCAUUUGAAGAAGGAUCAUCCUACUGUGAAGGCCACGGCCAUGACGAUCUUACACUGGGCUUAUCAGGACGGCGUGUUGGAGGCUGGUUAUCACUGUGAGUGGUGCAUAUACUCCCAUGCUGAACCAAGUGGGUUGCUCAUGCAUUACCAAAGACGCCACCCUGAACACAAUGUCGACUACACCUACAUGGCUAGCAAACUGUGGGCUGGUCCUGAUACUUCCACCAGCAGACAAGCUGAGAACUCUGAAACGAAGCAUUACCAAUGCAGAGAUUGUGCCUUUGAGGCGUGCUCCAUCUGGGACAUUACUAACCAUUACCAAGCGGUGCACCCUUGGGCCGUCAAAGGUGACGAGUCUGUCCUGCUCGACAUUAUCAAAGGAAACAAAGCACCUGAUAAGCUGCUCCCACAGCUGCCCAAAGGACAUAUUUCCAUGUCCAGGCCAUUUAACAGCAACCAGCAAGAAGAGGCUGCAGUUGAAGUUAGCCGCCCGCCAACACAUGAGCGACAGGCUAAUCUCUCUCUGUCUGCCACGACGUCUAUCUCAAACAGCCCUUACCAGUGCACCGUAUGCUUGUCUGAGUACAACAGUCUUCACGGGCUUCUGACCCACUAUGGCAAAAAACACCCGGGCAUGAAAGUGAAAGCUGCUGACUUUGCUCAGGAGGCAGAUAUCAACCCUAGCUCUGUUUACAAGUGUAGACAAUGUCCGUACGUGAACUCUCGCAUCCAUGGAGUUCUCACACACUACCAGAAACGGCAUCCUUCCAUCAAAGUCACAGCUGAAGACUUUGCCGAUGAUGUCGAGCAGGUAAACGAAUUGGAUAACGAGGGGGAUGAGCGAUCUAAAACCCAGAGACAGGGCUACGGUGCUUACCGCUGCAAGAUGUGCACUUACACACAUGGCACUUUAGAGAAACUCAAGAUACACUAUGAGAAAUAUCAUAACCAGUCUGCCGCAGACAUGUUGAAAGCAAAUGCCAUGCAGUCGCCAGCCAGAAGAGAUGAUUCAGUUGCUGAAUGCAGCAGCAGCAGUGUGACUGAAGUCUCCGAUGCAUGUGACUUUGACCUCAAGCUUCCCGAAGUUGCGAAGAGCGACAAGCAUGCGUUGUUUAAAUGCCAGCUGUGCAAAUACUUCUGCUCCACCCGGAAAGGUAUCGCUCGUCACUACCGUAUCAAGCAUAACAAUGUCAGAGCACAGCCCGAAGGGAAGAACAAUGUCUUUAAAUGUGCCCUCUGCUCCUACACCAACCCCAUCCGCAAAGGCCUCGCAGCACACUACCAGAAACGGCAUGACAUUGAUGCCUACUACACGCAUUGCUUGGCAGCAUCCAAGACUGUGGCAGAGAAACCGAACAAGGUGACGGUGCCCUUGGCAUCAGAGGCAGAGGCUCCAGCGAUGAGCGAAGAGCUAAGGCUUGCAGUGGACCGAAGGAAAUGUUCACUCUGCUCCUUCCAGGCUUUCAGCAGAAAGAGUAUCGUUUCACAUUACAUAAAGCGCCACCCAGGAGUCUUUCCCAAGAAGCAGCCCUCCAGCAAACUGGGCCGCUACUUCACUAUGAUCUAUUCCAAGGAGGCAGAGAAACCUCCAUCUAUGGAAGAGGUGGAAGUCGUUGAAGUUAAGGAUGAGGUGGAACCUGAAGGUGAGGUGGACUGGCUCCCCUUUAAAUGCCUGAAAUGCUUCAAGCUGUCGUUCAGCAUGGCGGAGUUGCUGGUGAUGCAUUACAAUGACUGCCACAACAAGGAGCUCAAGCGGGAUUUCGUCACCAUUCCGAGCCCUGCAGAAGAUGGGACAGAGCUCUACCAGUGCACCCACUGUGAAAUCAAGUUCUUGACUCUUCCAGAACUCAGCGUCCAUCUGAUAAACCACAAUGAGGAUUUCCAGAAAAGAGCCAUGAGGCUUGAACGAAGAAAACAGCUUCAAAGCAAACAGAGGACGACAGAGCCACCAGAAGCCAAACCUGAGAAUAAGGUGGAUGGCACCCCCGGUAAGACUCCCAUCGGCUACAGGUGCAACUUCUGCGUGGAGGUCCACCCCACCCUCCGAGCCAUCUGCAACCACCUGAGAAAGCAUGUGCAGUACGGGGAGGCCAAGAAGGGACACGUGAAGCAGGAAGCAGCAGAGAUGCCCGUUCCCGUGGACGCAGUCACCAACGGCGAUAUAGAGGAUGUGGUUGCCGUGGACGCUGACCCACUGGAGACUGGUGCAUCACCGGCUGACGUCACCAUGGAGACGGAGGAGCCGGUGGCCGUGGAAACGGAGAUGGUUCCUGGGCAUCCGUGCAGCAUGUGCAGUCGUAUGUUCAUGUCCAUGCAGGGCCUGCGCUCUCACGAGAGGAGCCACUCCGCUGGAGCUCUCGUCAACAGAAACCACAAAUACAGCUGCCAGUACUGUCAGUUCAGCUCACCGUUCAGACACAAUCUGGACCGUCACAUCCAGUCACACCACGGACAUCAGAAGCCCUUCCGCUGUAAGCUCUGUCCCUUUAAAUCCUCCUACCUGAGCCGCCUCAAGAGACACCUGCAGAGAGCACACGCAGGUGAACACACGUAUAAGUGCACCUCGUGUCCGUUCUCCACUGUGACCAUGGUCCAGCUGAAGGAGCACUCGCUGCAGGAGCACGGAGAGACGCUCACGCUGCCCAAACUCAAAACACGACCCAACGCUGAACACGACCAGCAGAACACAGACCUCUACCCACAAUGCACUGAGUCUGUGGGGGAUCUGGAGCCAGCAGAUGUUUCGUCCAGUCCUCGUCCGCUCGAGAGUCCCGUUCCUCAGGCCCGGCUCGACUCCAUCCUCACCUGUGAGUUCUGCGAGUUCAGCUCUGGCUACAUGCAGAGUCUGCGCAGACAUUACCGAGAUCGACACGGAGGAAAGAAGCUCUUCAAGUGCAAGGACUGCUCCUUCUUCACCUGCUACAAGUCCUCGUUCACGCUGCAUGUGGAGGCCGGUCACACCAGCGGCUCGGAGGAGACGCCCAGAGAUCUGCGCUGUCCUUUCUGUCUGUACCACACCAGACACAAGAGCAGCAUGAUCGACCACAUCGUCCUGCACAGAGAGGAGCGUGUGGUCCCGCUGGAGGUGUCCCGUCAUCUGGAGGGUCUGGUGUAUCGCUGUCAUAAAUGCACCUUCACCUGCUCCAGCGAGCAGAACCUCGAGCAGCACAUCCAGAAACACCAGGAGCUGAAGCCCUACCAGUGCCAGCUCUGCUACUACGACAGCAGACUCCUGAACGAGCUGGAGAUGCACCUGCAGCAGGAGCACAAGGUGAUCCGAAACUUUGAGCUGGUGGGACGGGUGAACCUGGACCAGCUGGAGCUGAUGAAGGACACGAGCAGCAGCGAGGAGGAGGAGGAGGAGAGAGAGGAAGAGCAGACUCUAGAGGAGGAGGAGGAGCUGAGGGAGGAGGAGGAGGAGCUAAUGAAGGAGGAGGAGGAGCUGAUGGAGGAGGAGGAGGAGCUAAUGAAGGAGGAGGAGGAACUGAGGGAGGAGGAGGAGCUAAUGGAGGAGGAGGAGGAGCUGAGGGAGGAGGACGAAGAAGAGGAGGAGAAGCGUCCAGAGAGCAGUCAGACCGAGGUGACAGGUAACACUCUUCAGACAUGCGUCGUCAAACGCUAUCCGUGUGAGUUCUGCGGCCGCAGCUUCUCGCUCCGCUCCGAAUGGGAGCGACACGUGCUUCGACACGGCAUGACUGUUAACGGAAGCAAGAAAGACAGCAGUCCUGUGUCCUCGUCAGCGCUGCCUCUGAUUGGUCCAGCAGCUGUGAUUGACAGAGGGCUGGACCUAUCCAGUAACACUGUGGAUCAGUCUGACCAAUCCAAGAGUCUGAUUCAGACCAAUGAAGAAGAAAAGACGCUGGAGACCAAAAACGGCCCUUAGGAGCGAAACGAACGCUGUUGAGAAUGUGAUGCGAUCCGUUGUUUCGUCUGUCUGUUCAUCAUUUGUUUUGUUGCAGAACAACAUCGGCUGCUUCUUGAGUUUUUGGUUUAAAAAGCUAGAUUUGUGGAAUGUGAUGAUCCAGGUUUAGAGUAUCGCUAGAUGUUGGUGUUUCACGUUUGUUCAGUUGCUGAAUCUUACACUGAAUUUUACAAAGUGUGACUUGGUCCCUCAGGACAGAUGUUGAUAUAUUGGUAACCAAUAGUGAAUGAAACCGUGAGCCGAUAUUCCGCUCGAAUCGCGAGUCCCUCCGUUCAGAGAU